AUGGUUGCCAUAUCCCACCUCCUCACGCGGGUCAUCGCAGGCAUCCCCGUCCCAAACACGCCCCUUAUCAACUCGUCCAUUGCCCUCACGCGAGCCGCCCUCCCAGACCAGGGCUACAACCACGUCAUGCGUUCCUGGCUCAACGGCCAGGCCAUCAUCAACAACCUCCCCGCCACGAAUCGCUCCAAGAUCGACCAGGAAGCGUUUGGCAUUGCGACCAUCCUGCACGAUCUCGGCUGGAGCAACGACACGACCUACAUCUCCCCGGACAAGCGCUUCGAAAUCGACGGCGCCAUCGCCGCCCGCACGUUCCUGCAAGCGCACGGCGGCCCCACGUGGCGCUCGGCCCAGCGCUUGCAGCUCGUCUUCGACAUCAUCGCGCUGCAUUCCACGGCUAGCAUCGCGCGUUACAAGCAGCCUGAAGUCGCCAUCGCGUCGGGCGGGAUCCUGACCGAGCUGCUCGGGCCGUCCGUCGCGCGGACGUCGUUCGGCGAGCUCAUCACCGUGAGCCAGGCGCAGUGGGAGGACAUUGCGCGGGCGUAUCCGAGGGAGGACGUCAAGGAGUACUUUAAUGGCGUGAUGGUGGGGUUGUGUACGAUGAAGCCGGACACGACGUGGGAUAAUUUUGUCAGCGAUUAUGGGGAGGUGCUGAUAGAGGGGUUCAAUCGGACGGGGCAUCGGACGGUGGAUUUGACGCAGAUGUAUUUGGUGGACUGA